CGGGCCGAACACCAACGGUCUCUCCAAUUUUUAUUCAGGAUCUUGGAACUUUCAGUUCCGAUGCUUUUAAUUUGGCUCUUCAGUUCUUACACUUACUACUGUUCGUUGAGAGAGAUGGCGAAGACAAGGGCAUGGGUAGUUUUGUUGUUGUGCGUGGCGGUGCUGUGGCCGGGAAUGUGUUGGUGCUGGGGAGAGAACGCCAUGGAUGAUGCUAAGGAGAGGAUGAAUGCGGCGGCAGAGACUGCCGGGGUGAAAGCGGAGGAGGCCAAACAAGGCGCUGCCGAAGCCAUGCACGAUUCCAAAGACAAGAUGGAUUCCUGGGUCGAUUGGGCUUAUGACAAGUUCAACGAGGGAUUUGGACUUGGACAGAACAAUGCAAAAGAGGAUGUUCAAAAUGCGAUGGAUAAAGCUGGGUAUGCAGCAUGGAGAGCCACGGAUACAAUAAGUUCUGCAGGAUCUGAUGCACCAAAGUAUGCUUCCAAGACGGCGGGUGAUGCAAAACACUUCGUCUCUGAGAAAGCCGAUCAAACUAUAAGAAUGGCUACAGACAAGGUUGGUGAUGCGGAGGAGACAAUGGCAGGAGCGAUGGCAUAUGGGAAAAACAAAGGAGCUGAUGCUUACGAUGGCGCUAGUUCGACACUGAACAUGGCUACUGAAACGGCUUCCAAUAGGGCUGGGGAUGUUCAAGAGAAGAUGUCAGAUGCAAUCGGGUAUGCAAAAGAUAAAGCAGCAGAUGCCUAUGAUGGAGCUAAGCAGAAAAUGAAUGUAGCUUCAAAUGUGGCCACGGAUAAGGCCCAGGAUGGGGGAGAGAUGAUGAAAGAAACAAUGGGAUGUGAAAAGGAGAAAGCAGCCAAUGCGUAUGACAAAGCAAAGCAUCAUGUGGAGGAUUCGUACAUGACAGCGAAGGAGACCAUGACAGAACAUGCCAAGACUAAUUACGAGGCUGCAAAGGAGAAAGCUUCGCAGGCUGCAGGAGAUGUUGGGGCUAAGAUGAGGAACAUCAAGGCAGAGAUAUGAAGGGAGGCCAGGGAUGAUUAUGAUGACCACUUUUAUCAUGUUAUAAUCUUCCUGAAGCCAUCUGUGAGUUUUAUAUAUGUUUAUUGUUAUAUAUAUUUCUGUCAUUCUACAUUAAUAAUAUGUUUAUCUUUAGUAGGGAAUUAAUUUAAGAUAAUGAAAUUUGUA